AAAAGAGCCCGCUCAUUGUUUAAGAAAUGGAAAGCAUUGCUUAGAAAAACUUGUCCCGGCAACGGACAACAAAACUUCUAUUUGCAAACCUUCUUAAAAAAAGGGGGAGGGGGGAUCUUGGCCUUAUGUGGCCCUAUUAUAAAGUUUUACACCCGUGCCGUGAGGAGAACUUUCCAAAAUAGGAUGAGUGUGAACCAGACGGAGCUGAGUGAAACAGUAGCGGACUCAGGCAGGAUGCUGGCUCUGUUACCUUGCCUGGUCCUCGGCCUCUUCGCCUGGAGUGUUGGCAUCUGCGGUGCUCAGGGGGAGUUCUGCCACGGCUGGAUUGACAAUGCCGGCAAAUGGCACGAAGGUUUCCAGUGCCCUGAGGAUUAUGAUACAGUGGAGGCCACAACCUGUUGCGGCUCUUGCUCUCUGCGUUACUGUUGCGCGGCCCCUGAGGCCAGGCUGGACCAGGGGCUUUGUACCAACGACAGGGAGCAGCAGAACCCCGAUUACUCAGCACAGCCUGUCUAUAUGCCGUUUCUUAUUGUCGGCUCCAUAUUCAUUGCUUUCAUCAUCCUGGGUUCCCUAGUUGCUGUCUACUGUUGUACUUGCCUUAGGCCUAAGCAACCAAAUCCGCAGCCCAUACGUUUCUCAAUAAGGAGCCACCAAACAGAGACCAUUCCCAUGAUCCCAACGUUUACACAUUUGAGGACCCCAUCCAGGCAGUCGAGCACUGCCACUAGCUCCAGUUCAACCGGGGGCUCCAUUCACAGAUUCUCCAUCAGCAGAACCGAGUCAGGGCACCCACCGCCGCCGCCCGGUUACAGCUCCCCCGGGUGCCUGCAGAAUGCACAGCCCUUACACCUCAGCCAGGCCCAGGGCUUUCUGAUGCCCCAGCAGUAUUUCACCUACACCCUCCAGCCAGAGCCGUUCGCAACAGGCAAAAGCUUCACCGACUUCACUCAGAACCGGCUGAAGGCUCAGAGCAUAUCCGCGCAGCACGCCGAGCAAGUUCUGUACAGCAACGCGGGCUUAUAGGGAGAGAGAGCUCUCCGGAAAUCCAUCACGCUGUGUGACACCAAGAAUGAAUCUCGCUGCCCUUUUGGGAGCACUUGUUCCUCCUUUCCAGAUGGAAGACCGUACUUCCCAGUUAUUCACCUGGGAACAGGACUGGGUGGUAAAAGUGCCUCCGCGCUAAACAGCGGGGUGGAUUUUAAUUCACCAUUCCCAGUCUAACAGUAGAGCUCCGGAUUAACGGGAUAAAUGGUAAAUACGAAUGGAACUCCUCAUCUAAACCCCGAGCUAAUGGCUAUUCCCAGCUGGACCUUGAGGAGGAUCAUUUGGCCCAACUUUUCACAUUUUACUUUUCCAUAUUUUUUGACAUGCAUUCCUGGUAACGAACUUAUUUACAGUGCACACAGAAAAGAAGACUUUCUUGAAGCGAACGGAUAUCUCGAUUCCCAUCUGUUACCGCCGAAGUCACCUGGAAUAUCCCUCCCUGGAAACUGUUAUGUUCCCCCAUUCUGGCAUCUUGCAGGUGGAAUGUACCGUCCUCAGGCAAGCGGAAACCAACAGAGUCCCCGCCUCUAGUUUGACAGUGUGAUUUAUCAAACUAAUCCCAGUCCCGAAAAUCAAACAUUUUAAAUGCACAAACAUAGUUUAUGUAAGAUGAAGAAAACAGUCUUUAACUUCCGUAUAGCUGAAGUACCAGAGCUAUCUGCGAAUAUUUGACUAGGAACAAAUAAUAGAAUUUCAAACAAUACUGAGCACUGGCAAUUUAAGAGAAAACGGAUCUUUUAUUUGCUUCCAUUCUGCCACCUUGCCCCUAUUGAAUGCCUUAUCUAAAUAUUCAAUUUUAAAAAUAUUAAUUUAUAGACAAAGCC